AUGCACAGAGCUGCCUCCCCCACAGCCGAGCAGCCGCCGGGCGGAGGGGACAGCGCCCGCCGGACCCCGCAGCCCAGACUCAAGCCCAGUUCCCGAGCCAUGGCCCUGCCUCGGACCCUGGGGGAGCUGCAGCUGUACCGGGUCCUGCAGCGCGCCAACCUUCUUUCCUACUACGAGACCUUCAUCCAGCAGGGAGGGGACGACGUGCAGCAGCUGUGCGAGGCGGGGGAGGAGGAGUUCCUGGAGAUCAUGGCGCUCGUGGGCAUGGCCACGAAGCCCCUCCACGUCCGACGCCUGCAGAAGGCUCUGAGAGAGUGGGCCACCAACCCAGGGCUUUUCAGCCAGCCCGUGCCUGCCGUGCCUGUCUCCAGCAUCCCACUCUUCAAGAUCUCUGAGACGGCUGGGAGUCGGAAAGGGAGCAUGAGCAAUGGGCAUGGUAGCCCAGGGGAAAAGGCGGGCAGUGCCCGCAGUUUUAGCCCCAAGAGCCCCCUUGAACUUGGAGAGAAGCUGUCACCAUUGCCUGGGGGACCUGGGGCAGGGGACCCCCGGAUCUGGCCAGGCCGGAGCACUCCAGAGUCCGAUGUUGGGGCAGGAGGAGACGAGGAGGCUGGCUCACCCCCAUUUUCCCCACCGGCAGGGGGAGGUGGCCCUGAGGGGACUGGGGCUGGGGGGCUGGCAGCAGCUGGGACUGGGGGUGGUCCGGAUCGACUGGAGCCAGAGAUGGUGCGCAUGGUGGUGGAGAGCGUGGAGAGGAUCUUCCGAAGCUUCCCAAGGGGGGAUGCUGGGGAGGUGACAUCCCUGCUGAAGCUGAACAAGAAGCUGGCACGGAGCGUGGGCCACAUCUUUGAGAUGGACGAUAAUGACAGCCAGAAGGAGGAGGAGAUCCGCAAAUACAGCAUCAUCUAUGGCCGCUUUGACUCCAAGCGGCGGGAGGGCAAGCAGCUCAGCCUGCACGAGCUGACCAUCAACGAGGCUGCUGCCCAGUUCUGCAUGAGGGACAACACCCUCUUACUGCGGAGGGUGGAACUCUUCUCCCUGUCCCGCCAAGUGGCCCGAGAGAGCACCUACCUAUCGUCCUUGAAGGGUUCCAGGCUCCACCCUGAAGAACUGGGAGGUCCCCCCGUGAAGAAACUGAAACAAGAGGUUGGAGAACAAAGUCACUCUGAAACCCAGCAGCCUCCUCCCGGCCCUGAACCCUAUGCUCCCCCAUUCCGCCCCAGCCUGGAGGAGGACAGCACCAGCCUGUCUGGGGAGAGCCUGGAUGGGCACUUGCAGGCUGUGGGGUCAUGUCCAAGGCUGACGCCGCCCCCUGCUGACCUGCCUCUGGCAUUGCCAGCCCACGGGCUGUGGAGCCGCCACAUCCUGCAGCAGACACUGAUGGAUGAGGGGCUGCGGCUAGCCCGCCUCGUCUCCCACGACCGCGUGGGCCGCCUCAGCCCCUGUGUGCCUGCGAAGCCACCUCUCGCAGAGUUCGAGGAGGGCCUUCUGGACCGAUGCCCGGCCCCAGGCCCGCAUCCCGCGCUGGUGGAAGGCCGGAGGAGCAGCGUGAAGGUGGAGGCGGAGGCCAGCCGGCAGUGA